AUGCUGACUGCAGUUGCAAAUGAAAGUAACAUCUACGAGAUAGUGACAGAAUUAUGUGAAGAUGCUGCAAAUGUUGAUAUCCCAAUAGCAAGGGAAUCAAUUCGAGCUGUUGGCAAGAUAGCACUGCAGCAGUACGAUGUCAAUUCCAUUGUUGAUCGACUUCUACAGUUUCUGGAGAUGGAAAAGGACCAUGUUACAUCUGAAGCUCUGGUGCUUGUGAAAGAUCUUCUAAGAAAAUAUCCUCAAUGGAGUCAGGAUUGUAUUGCGGUUGUUGGGAAUAUCAGUAGCAACAAUGUCCAAGAAUCUAAAGCUAAGGCAGCUCUCAUAUGGAUGUUAGGAGAGUAUUCUCAGGAGAUGCAUGAUGCUCCGUAUGGCCUGGAAAGUUUAAUUGAAAAUUGGGACGAGGAACAUUCUGCCGAGGCUUCUACAAUACAAAGUAUCAGUGGCAGAGAGUGUGGUGAAUCCUCCCAAACAAGUACAAGCGCAACCGGUCAAGCUCCAGCAUCUAUCAUGGCAAUUGAUGAUCUGUUUGGUUUAGAUUUUUUCAGUUGGGACUGCAACCGCACCGCCACCUCCCCCAUUGACCCUCAACCCGAAAGCUGUACUGGAUUCUGGCACAUUUCAGCAGCAAUGGCGUCAACUACCCAUAUCCUCAUCAGAGGAAUAUUCAUUAAGCCCUCUUGGAAUUGCAUCCUUGACAACUCCCCACGCCACCUUCCAUCAUCAUCACCUUCACCUUCUAUCCAAAGACAAAACGCACAUCACCAUCACCACAACCCCAACCUGCAUCAUAUUUAA